AUGUCGUCCAUGCCACCCAGCAAGCUGCCAAAUUUGAUCAAGCGUCUUUCGUGGGCGAUAGAGAGGACAGAUAAACUCUGUUCCCCUCCCCCAAACCUAGAAUCAAACGCGGAUGACGGGAAUCCAUCCCGUGAUUUUGGCAUCACCCACCAACCAAGGAAGUCUGUACCUGUCUUUAUAUCUCGUUAUGUUCCCACCAUUCAAGCCUCCUUGACGCUUCCCCGCUGUCAGCUGCGAGCGUGCCUUUGGACAUGGCCGACCAAACUAUCGAUGUUGAUCCGGAUCUGUACCGCGCCGAUAGCAAAUCUGGCCCCGGAGAUUGGAUAUCGCAGAGAACUUCGAUCGGAUCUUCGAUUUAUAAGGGGCUAA